GCAUCCUUAAUAAACAUGCCUCUGGAAAUUAAUGCAGACCUUUUUGUUUAUAUUUCUAUAGCUACAAUCCACCUAAAUUCAGCCAAUGAUAGCUGGUUUGGCAGCUUAAAGGACACUAUUCAGCAUCAGCAAGGAGAAGCGGUUUGGGUCUCUGAAGGAAAGAUGGAAGGGAUGGAUGAUGACCCCGAAGACCGCAUGUCCUACUUAACCGCCAUGGGCGCGGACUAUCUGAGUUGCGACAGCCGCCUCAUCAGCGACUUUGAAGACACGGAUGGCGAAGGAGGCGCCUACACUGACAAUGAGCUGGAUGAGCCAGCUGAGGAGCCGCUGGUGUCGUCCAUCACCCGCUCCUCGGAGCCGGUGCAGCACGAGGAGAGCAUAAGGAAACCCAGCCCAGAGCCACGAGCUCAGAUGAGGAGGGCUGCUAGCAGCGAUCAACUUAGGGACAAUAGCCCGCCCCCAGCAUUCAAGCCAGAGCCGCCCAAGGCCAAACCCCAGAACAAAGAAGAAUCCUAUGACUUCUCCAAAUCCUAUGAAUAUAAGUCAAACCCCUCUGCCGUUGCUGGUAAUGAAACUCCUGGGGCAUCUACCAAAGGUUAUCCUCCUCCUGUUGCAGCAAAACCUACCUUUGGGUGGUCUAUACUGAAGCCCUCCACUCCCAUCCCUCCUCAAGAGGGUGAGGAGAUGGGAGAGAGCAGUGAGGAGCAAGAUAAUGCUCCCAAAUCAGUCCUGGGCAAAGUCAAAAUAUUUGAGAAGAUGGAUCACAAGGCCAGAUUACAGAGAAUGCAGGAGCUCCAGGAAGCACAGAAUGCAAGGAUUGAAAUUGCCCAGAAGCAUCCUGAUAUCUAUGCAGUUCCAAUCAAAACGCACAAGCCAGACCCCGGCCUGCCCCAGCACACAAGUUCCAGACCCCCCGAGCCACAGAAAGCUCCUUCCAGACCUUAUCAGGAUACCAGAGGAAGUUAUGGCAGUGACGCCGAGGAGGAGGAGUACCGCCAGCAGCUGUCGGAACACUCCAAGCGCGGUUACUAUGGCCAGUCUGCCCGAUACCGGGACACGGAAUUAUAGAUGUCUGAGCAUGGACUCUCCCAGGCCCGCCUGCCAUGGCAUUAGACUAGCCGCUCCUGCCAGGCCGCCGGGAUGGUUCUUCUCCAGUUAGAAUGCACCAUGGAGACGUGGUGGGACUCCAGCUCGUGUGUCCUCAUGGAAAACCCAGGGGACAGCUGGUGCAAAUUCAGAACUGAUGGCUCUGUUUGUGGGACUGGGUUAGAGGAGUCUGUGGCUUUUUGCUCAGAAUUAAGCAGAACACUACAGUCAGAUCCUGUUACUUGCUUCAGUAGACCAAAAUCUGUAUUCUGUUUGCGUACUUUUAAUAUGUAUAUUAAGAAGCAAUAACUAUUUUUCCCAUUAAUAGCUGCCUUCAAGGACUGUUUCAGUGUGAGUCAGAAUGUGAAAAAGGAAUAAAAAAUACUGUUGGGCUGAAACUAAAUUCAAAGAAGUACUUUAUUGCAACUCUUAAGUGCCUUGGAUGAGAAGUGUCUUAAAUUUUCUUCCUUUGAAGCUUUAGGCAGAGCCAUAAUGGACUAAAACAUUUUGACUAAUUUUUAUACCAGCUCAAUAGCUGUAGUUUUCCCUGCACUGUGUCAUCUUUUCAAGGCAUUUGUCUUUGUAAUAUUUUCCAUAAAUUCGGACUGUAUAUAUCAUAGCUAUACUUGAUGGUUUGGCUAUAAGUGCUCAACAGCUUGAAGCCCAAGAAGUUGGUAUUGAAAUUUUUUGUUUGCUUCAAACCAAGUGCUGCACAAAAGCAGAUACUUGAGGAAAACACUAUUUCCAAAAGCAUAUGUAUUGACAACAGUUUUAUAAUUUAAUAAAAAGGAAUACAUUGCAAUCC